CAGAACUCUCUCAGUUUCAACAUACAUACUGGUAGUGUAACACCGCAUUUCUAUUGUAAAUCAUAUUAAAAUUCAAUUGAUAUUUUUACAAAAAGAAACAAAAGUUAAAGUCGGUAUAAGUUGCAAAUAUAUUCCAUGAAAGAUCAUGAAAAGUUUUUGAAAAGUUAAUCAUUAGAAAUAAUACAAAACAAAACAUUAAAACUUCCAUCCGACGGCAUAAACAUCAAUUGUAGCUUUAGAUAUGGCACGAUCAUUUUAAACAUGGCUAAAAUAAAAAGUGAAAAAAAGAAACUAAAAAUACUGAGUCUUCCGUGAAUUUAAGGAUUUAUAUUUGUAUAAAUUUCUGAGAAAAUUCCACUUGGCUGUGCAAUUUUAAUAAUUUUAUCAUCUUUGUGUUAGUAAAGUAACAACAUUUUUAAAGCGAUAAGAAACAUACUGAUAAGAAGAAAAAAAAAUUGUUAUUGAAGAAAAUUAUAGUAAGCAGCAAACAAAGCAAUCUGAUUUGGAAUAUUUAGUGAAAAAUUAGCCCUUCAAGUUUUACGUGAUGCAGGAAAAUUCAAUAGAAGUUGAAGUUCAUUGACUAUAUAAGACUUGUUAAGAAAUAUUGUCGAAUCGUAGUUUGUGCUUAAUAUUUUUACAAAUGCUUUGGAAAAAGCAUAAAAUUUCCUAGAAGAGGAAAUGACGUGUCAUGAAAGAGGAAUAAAAUGCCAAGCCAAUGUCCACUUCUAUUAUUGUGAGAAUUCAACUGUCACCAUCCAGUAUAUCUCCUGACACCAUUACGCCAACUAUAAGCGUUAGCAAUAGUGGCGUUCACAAAAUUAAAAUGUCACAGACAAACAAUGUUGGAGCUACUAAAGCUUCACCUGCUAAUCCGUCGUCACCAGGUGAUGAUUUUGGUAGUACGGAUGAGGUGAAAGUCUUUAAGGAUGAAGGUGAUAAAGAAGAUGAGCAGUCAUCAGGAGAGAACCUUCUGCUGGAGGAAAAAUCGAGUCUGAUUGAUUUGACUGAAAGCGAGGAUAAAUCAGACAAACACUCCCUUCGACAGAACCAUAGCCCUAUCUACAGCAAGGAUGUACAUCAUCCAUCAAGCUUUAAUGUUGGCUACCUUGUAUCGCCAUAUUCUUAUACUAACGGUGCUGCUUCUAUGGCAAACAAAAUAGGUGCAUUACCUUUCUUCUGUCAUAACGGUGACCAUCUAACAACGCCACCUCCAGCUCACUGUGGAAUCCCUGCCUAUCAGAUUGAUCCCAAAACUAUGGGUUUAACUCGCCCAGCACUCUAUCCGUUUCCUGCCGCACAAUACGCGUAUCCAAUGUUAAGUCCAGAAAUGAGUGCAGCAUCAUGGCACACUCCAUCAAUGUACUCUGCUUCCUCGGGGUUUAGAAGUCCAUAUCCAUCAUCUUUACCUAUAAAUUCAACAUUAUCAAGAUUUUCACCAAAUAGCUUGUUGCCUUCUGUCCAUCCACACCAUGUUCUCAACUCCCAUGCAACACUUGUAACUUCGUCGGGGAAACAAGAGAGUUCAGAAUCAAAUCAUAGAUUUGGCCGGACAAGAAUAAUCUACUUUGUAAGUGUGUUUGUAUGUAGCAAAGUGGAGGAAAAAAAUUUGGCCUCGUUUGCCAACAUGGAGCCGUGUUUAAAUGAGCCAUUAAAUUUAUGUACCAAAAACUUAUCGCGUUCGAGUGAUGGUGAUACAUGUGAUGGUUCCUCCGAUAAAAAAAAGAUCAUAGAUUACGAUAAAAUUUGUCUUCCGACAUUUGUGGAUGAUAGCAAAGAAAAAAGUGAUAAUGCUUUGUCAUUGACAGAAGCAAGCACAAAUGGCAUAUCAUCGUCUCAUUGGGAAACCGAGAGUGACGAAGUUCGAAUUCGUAGUGCGUUUCUGAAACCUGAUAUUGAUGACUUAGACAGUGUGAAUGGCUCACCUAUUUGGGAAUUUAAAGAAAAAAAUCCGAAUUUAUUGUUACAACAACAAUAUUUCCUAUUAAACCAACAACAUCAACAACAUUUAAUAAAUAAUGAAUCAGAUGGAAACUCUGCUAAGAUGCAUCUCGACAAAUAUAUGAAAUUAACAAAUCGAUAUCUAAAUACGAUGUCCCCGUUUUUUCAACAUUUUACUCCAUUGAUAAACCAUAGCCAAGAAGAUAGUUUAUCAACAAGUGCGCAAGUAGCAGCUACAGCGGCAGCUACACUACUUCUAACUAACAAUCUGUCGAACCAAACACAAUUAAGGGAAGAACGCAGCAUUCAUUUAGAAUCGCAAGAAUCAAACGAGACUUCAGGUGCCCGUUUUCUUCCAAUACAUAACACUAUACGAUCCUUUCUUCACAAACUCAUUGAGCAUAAUUUUAUUCAGCAAGUUCAACGACAACAACAAAUAAAUGACAUGAUAAAUAAUAAUAAUCAUCAAAAUUGUAAUAACAAUAAUCAUAGCUCCUAUAACUCCUUUAAAAAAAUAACUUCAAGCAACACUGAAGGCGAAGUAGCCGAAUACUUCAACCAUAACAUGCUUUCUCAACAGAAUAAUUAUCAAAUAAAAACCUUUUUAGAUUUCUUAAAAAAAGCUGAUGACAAUAGGAAUCAGCAAAAUUACAAGAGUUCAUCCAUCGAACCUCAACACAACAAUAAGAAUUUGUCAAGUUCAAUACCUCCAGAUAACGUAAAAGAUUCCUUAGCAAAUGACAAAAAAAAACCACAUAUCAAGAAGCCACUUAAUGCAUUUAUGCUUUAUAUGAAAGAGAUGCGAGCACAGGUUGUUGCAGAGUGCACCCUUAAAGAAUCUGCUGCUAUCAAUCAAAUACUUGGAAGAAAGUGGCACGCCUUGGGCCGAGAAGAGCAAGCCAAAUAUUAUGAGUUAGCGAGACGCGAACGACAAUUGCAUAUGCAAAUGUAUCCAGAUUGGAGUUCGCGGACGAACGCAUCGAGGGGCAAGAAGCGGAAGCGAAAGCAAGAACCAAACGACGGAGGUAACAGUAUGAAAAAAUGCCGAGCAAGAUAUGGACUAGAUCAGCAAAAUCAAUGGUGUAAGCCUUGCAGUCCAGGAUUGUCAAUAUUAAGUGGGACAACUGUAGUCAGUAACACAGUAAUCCCCACCACGACUACAUCUUCAUCGUCGUCAUCUUCGGUGCAUUUGCUUGGUGUAGCUGGAAGCUUAAAUACUUUGGUCAAUGGACCUCCUCAAGCGUCACCUCAAACUCCUACUUACUGUACUGGUCGGUACACUCCCUACUCUGAUGAUGAUGAUGAACAUAUUUUUGGAAAAGCACGAGUGUGUUUCGAAGUACCAUUUCUGAUCGUUAGGAAAAAGUACUAUGUUGAUUUACCUUCCAUUAUUGGCUUUUCCGCUGAGCCCAAGAAAAUGCAAAUAAAAGGUGAAAUUUGGCUACAUUUUUGGAGGCGAAAGAAAAAGUGCAUACGAUACAAGGAGGCAGAAGAAACGCGCGAUUUAGAAAAUUUUGGAUCGGAUGAUAAUUUUGGAUCAUGUGGAUCAGUUGAUGAUGCUCAAACACCUGAUGAUGAUAACGAGUCUUUGAAUCAGUCGAUGUCAAGUCCAAGUGCUCUGAGCGGUCUGUCUAGUCUUCAGUCGCCUUCAACUUCUCUUGCAUCACCUAUAAAUAUAGUAGCAUCACCUUCUACGCCAAAUCCAAAUGUAUCACUUCCCCAUGAUGACAAUCAAAUCGUUACAUCUAUUGUAACUCAAAUUCAGCGCAACAAAUUACACAGUGGUUGGGAAGGAAAAUAUCAGAAUAAUCAAAAACCACAAAAUGGAAUUUUUUCUCAAGAAGACAUGAACACAGAAAAACAAAAACAACCUUUACACGAUGUUCAUAUUAAAAAGGAGCCUUCAGAUUUUCAAAACCGUGAUCAUCAUCAGAAUCAACGAAUAGAUCAAAUUUUCUAUGAUAAACUUCCAAUUGUUCAUCGUAAUCCAGUUGGUGCAAAUCCACGAGAUAUAAACAAUCCUUUAAGUGUAAAUCAAUUGACACGGCAAGAUUUUCAACCAUACGGAAAUGGAAGUGGGUUAACAUAUUAUCCACCAUUUCAAAAGUCAUUGAUGACGCAUCAUCAUUCUCAUCCAUUUGCUCAAAUACAUGCAGCAAACUUUGCAAAUUUCCAAUUUGCUGCAGCAGCAGCAGCAGCGGCAGCGGCACAUCAAACGCCUAACGUCGGAAAAGACGCAGGUUCGUCAAAUGGAACGCAUCAUCAUAAUGAUGAUGGAAAUGCAAUAAGUGUAACGUAAACUUUAUUAUUUUCUUUUCUAUGAUAUCAGAAAAUGUGGUAGAGUUAAACAUUUGUUUAAAACUUUAUAUUAGCACAAUUUAAAUUUUGCAACAAAAAAGUUUCACAUUCACUUGAAAAUCAUUCAAAUGAUCUCAACUACUUUUUUUUUCAUUCUAUGUUAUUCCGUAAAUCGAUUCUUCUUUCAUUUCAUAAAACUUUUACGGAAUUAGAAAUAUAUAAUUCAUAGUGCCACCUGCAAAGAAAUUAAGACGUUUAAUUUUUAUAAAUCCCGAUUGUGAUUUCUAUUUUGACAAAUUAAUUUCAGUGUGCCAAAAAUUAAUUUUUGAAAACGAAAUCAGAAAUGAGAACUUGAAAUGAUAGUUUGCAUUUUGUUCUUUUAAUUUUCUGAAGACAUUAUAUAACAACAAAAUUUCGAGUAUUCUUGAAGUUACUUUUGGUAACUUCACAUAAUACAUUAUUCAACAAUGAAUACACCGUAAACUGCUUUCUUCCAAUAACUUUUUUUUGUGUCAAUAUCAAAAUUUUAUGUUAACAGAUUAAGUUUUAAAACAAUAUUUUAUUUAUUGUGAUCAAUGUAUUUUUUUUUAAUUUUCGAC